AUGGUCAACCCGAAAAUGAGACAGAUGAUCGUCUUCUCGACAAAAUAUUCCCUGACGCUACCCACGCAGUCGCUGUUGUUCAUCGAAAAGAUCUUGACAGAAGGAGAGGUCCCGCAGGAAGAAUGGUCGGAUGGGUUGGAGCUCUGGGCAAAGGAGUAUCUUCGGGGAGAAGAUCCCAACCCCCUGAUCUCCCUCCCUUCCCUUCAAAAAGCCUACGACUCCCUCUCAGCCAAGACGUCCGCUUUGGAGGACGCGGACGACUUGCUCGGCGAUGACCAGGAUUUCCACAUUGAUAUCGACAUUGACAUCGAUCCGGAGGAAGUCACCGUGGACUCGCAUUUCCGGGUCGUGGGCGCGUUCGAGAUGCCUGGGUGGAGGUUUGAUAAUGUGAAAGGGACGUUUGGAUUACCGAACCAUCGACCGGCUAUCGGAGGACCUGCGAUUUCACGGUCGAUGUACCUCCGCGAGAGGUGGGCUUUGGUCAGGCAGAUCGUUUUGAGAAACGAAAACUUCACACCACCCGCUGUAGGCGGACACGACCGGGCUAAUUACCUCAAAUUGACGUCGACGAGAAACCUGUUGGGAAGACAAGGACAGCUCUUCUUGCUCUUCGGCAUGUUAUCAAGAGAUCCGGAGGGGAGGUUGUGCUUGGAAGAUGGAGAGGGUACGGUCGUUCUUGAUAUGGAGGACGCAGAACCGGGAGAAGGAUUGUUCACGGAGAACUGCUUGGUACUGAUUGAAGGCGAAUAUACGGCCGAGGAGACGAUCAAGGUCUUGGCUAUGGGACAUCCACCGAGUGAGAGGCGGGAUGCUGCUAGGGCGAUCUUUGGACAUGUGGACUUUUUGGGUGUCGGGGCGACCUCGCUGAAAGAAGAGGCCAAACUACAACGCAUAUCGCAAGCACACGAAGACCUCUCCAUUGUUGUUCUCUCGGAUGUAUGGUUGGAUCACCCCAAGACGAUACCAGCGCUGAAGCGGAUGUUCGAAGGGUACGGUCAGGCAGAAUUUAGGCCGUACGCUUUUGUUUUGUGCGGGAACUUUUCGAUGAAGGGGUGGAUGGGCGCGGGUAGCAUGAAUGCCUAUAUCGCCGGCUUCAAAGCGCUCGCCGAGGCCAUCGCCGGGUUCCCGACACUAUCGCAACAUUCGCAAUUCAUCUUCAUACCCGGUCCGACCGACCCAUGGUCAUCAUCGACGCUUCCACGUCCGCCCAUCCCCGACAGCUUUGUCGAACCCAUCCGAGCCAAAGUUCCCAAAGCAACCUUCACCAGCAAUCCGGCGAGGCUGAAAUACUUUGACCAGGAGAUCGUCAUCUUCCGGGAAGAUCUGAUGGGGAGGAUGUUGAGGAACAUCGUCCAGAUCAAGGACGGGACCGAGGGGGCCAAUAUGAAGCGAUAUCUUGUACAAACCAUUCUCGACCAGACGCACCUCUCGCCGCUGCCUAUACAAGUAAGGCCGACGAUCUGGGAAUGGGACCACGCUCUCCGGCUGUAUCCCAUGCCGACUACCGUGAUACUCGCGGACAAGUACGAACGAUACGAUCUCACGUAUGAAGGCUGUCACGUGUUCAAUCCCGGAAGUUUCGUUGGCAAUUCGUUCGAAUGGAGUGUGUAUUACCCGGCGACCGGGAAAUCGGAGAGCAGUGCAUUACCGGAGGAGGAGUAG